AUGGAUCCAGCAUCGGAUUUGUUGACCUGGGUUCGAGCUGAAUCACGGAUGAAUGCUUUGCAAAUAUCUUCGAUGCUCGAGAAACACAAUUUAAAUGACUUCGAUAAUUUAAAUGCAUUUGUUUUUAAGCAACUUAAUGAAAAAUCAACUGUAGAUUAUUCCUACUUCGACGAAUGUGAUCUGCAUGAUACUUUCGAUGAAAGCAUUACUGCCAAUACUGAUUCAACUGAUGAAACUAUGCAAACAAAUUUGGAAGAUGCUAUAAAUUGUGGCGAUUGCUAUGAUUCAAAUGAUUACCGUUUAGUAGCUUCUAAAGAUACAUACCAAGGAAUGAGAAUUUUCGAUCAAAUCGAUCCAUCAAAAAAGUCUCAUUAUUUUCAAGUGAAAAUCAGCGAUAAAAUAAAAUUUAUGCACAAGCAAACAGCAGCACGUCUGCUUAUUACGACUAAAAGUUGCCUAUCUUCUGAUAGACUAUCAAGAAUUCAAAAAGCAGAUAUACAGAAUUGA